AUGGGCAAUUUCUACAACGAGAUUAUCUCCAGUGUGGUGGAUCUUGACCCCGAGCAAACGUAUCAGGCCCUCUCAGGCACCGCCGACCCACUGGAGGUGGCACGAACAAAAAUGAAGAUUCAGGCCUACGGCGCCAAGGAAGCCCUCGAACGCAGCAAAAACUUGGGCCCUUUGGGAGUGGACCCCAUUUCGGGAUUUCCAAGGGCUGUGAUGAAGCUGCUUUCUACCGGCAUCACCGUGGAGCAAGGGGCCGCCAUUGCCGCAGAGGCAAAUAUUCAGAAUGAGUUGCUGGAGCAAACCGCCGACAUGGCGAGGCAGGCGGGGGUAUGA